AUGGACCGCAUCAUUUCGACUUACGCGACAAAAUCACCAGAAGCGACGGCAAUUCAAGAAGGCAAUCAGAGUCUGACAUACCGAGAGCUCGACCGAAAAGUAGCCAGGCUUGCCUCUGCCAUACAGAAACAUGGUCUCGAGCCCGAAGAACCCAUCUGUAUUCUAGCAGAUCUUGGGGCGGAGAUGGUCAUUGCUCAGCUGGCUGUCAUACGGCUUGGCCUAACAUGCAUUCCUUUGAUAACCUCCACUCCACGACUCCGUCUCACAAGUAUUCUGAAGGAUGUUGGCACGAAGUAUAUUCUUUCAGACAUGGAAGAUGCUUUCAACGAGAAUGAGUUUAUAAAAUUGCCCAUCAGUAGCAAUCUUGAAGAUUGCCAUGGCUAUGACGUCCCCGGUACGAUUGGUGCAGAUGGAGUCGACGGGGAUGACGGCGACAAUGCUGUCAAUGGUAAUAAAUAUUCAACGACUGGCUGCCAGAACCAGGAAUAUCGCAGCCACAUUCUAUACACCUCCGGAACUACAGGAAAGCCAAAGCCAGUACAGGUCAUGGAGAGAAGCAUCCUUCAUCUAGUGACCAAAAGCCCGCUCGGGAUGGCGGCCGCAACCGACCGGGUCGCAUUAAUCAACAACCCCGGUUUCGACAUCUCCCCAUUUGAAAUCUUCUUCGGGCUCAUUGGAGGGGCAACGCUCUUCGUUGUUCCUCGCGAGGUUAUCACGGACCCCUUUGCCGUCCGCAAUGUCAUCGCCGAGAAGCGGCUUUCGGUGAUAUACUUGACCUCCACAUUGUUCGCCAUCAUCGCCCACGCCUGUCCGACCACAUUCCACGGCGUGAAGCAUGUUCUGAUAGGGGGUAGCGUCGCAAACAAGGCAGCAGUUGAGGCUGUGCUAAACUCUUCUUUGCCUCCAGAACACCUCUGGAAUACCUAUGCACCCACCGAGAUGACGACACAUGCAUUGAUGCACCUGAUUACCGCACAGGAGUUGCAGUACGAGACUAUCAGUAUCGGCAAACCAUUUGGUGAUGGAAAGUGUUGUCUGAUGGAUGAACACAUGGAGACCAUCACAACUCCAGGCCAGGUUGGCGAAAUCUUCCUUUCGGGGCCCGGAUUAACGCGUGGAUACAUUGGCCUUCCCGAAGAGAACGAGCAUAGGUUCGUCAAGCUUGAAGAUGGACGACGGUACUACAGGACUGGGGACCGGGCAAAGCGGCGUGAAGGAGCGGAUGAUGUUCUUGAGUUUGUCGGACGGACAGACUCUCAGGUCAAACACGGCGGGUUCCGAGUCGAACUUGGGGAGAUCCAACACAUGCUACUAUCCAGCGGCUAUCUCUCCGAGGCUGUUGUCUUUCAAGUGCCGGGGAAUAGAGCUGGCGACAGUACGUUCCUAGUCGCGUUUGUCAUUCCGGCAAUUGCACAUACGCUAAAAGUCGGGGAGUUGGAUGAUUAUUUGAGGGAGAGGCUUCCUGUGUACAUGAUCCCAAGCGAAAUCGUGUUCCUCCAGGAACUUCCAUUGGACGAUCGGGGAAAAGUCGACCGCAAAGCCUUGACCCAGAGGUACUUGGCGAAGCGAGAGGCGAAGACCUCUCUUUGCAAGGAGAGAUGGGGCACCAAAGAGAUUGUCAGAAGCCUCUGGUCUUCCAUACUGAAUAAGGCCUCUUUCACCGAUGAUGAUGACUUCUUUGAACUUGGGGGUACCUCACUGCAGGCGGCGGCGCUGAUCUCAAAGCUGCGUGGACCCACAGGCAGGACGAUUUCCAUGCGUGGUCUCGUGGAACACAGCCGUCUCGAUAUGUUGGUCAGAUAUCUGGGUGACUUUGUGGAAGGAGGGAAUGCGCCCGACGAAGCUGACCGCUGGAUUGCUGAUGCUCGACUUGCGGAUGGGCUGGAGAUUGAGCCAUCCUGGUCGGCUGAGGAUUGGAACUCAGUUAUAGACUGGACCAUUGAAAAGGAAGGACGCCUUCUUGUCACUGGCGUGACCGGGUAUGUGGCAGCUCACUUCAUAUCUCGCUUGGCCAACCUGCCGGAAGUGCAGGAGAUUGUAUGCCUGGCGCGGGCAAAGCAGGGCCUGACACCCCGUCAGCGUAUAGAGAAGAGUAUCGAGCGUUAUGACCUUCGAGAAAUUGCAACCAAUAACCUCGACAAGUUGGUUGUCCUGGAAGGGGAUAUCACUCAGAAGAAUCUCGGCUUGCCAAUCGAGAAUUAUGCCCGGUUAGCGGACAGGAUCAGCGCCAUUUUUCACUUAGCAGCCAAGGUCAACUACUGUGAGCCCUACUCCGCCCAUUUCGAAGCGAAUGUUCUAGGAACGAGGAAUAUUCUUGCUCUGGCAGCUCAAGGGCGCAGAAAAGCCUUCCACUAUAUGUCCAGCCUCGACGUUUGGGGUCCGACUGGCCUAAUCUACGGCACACGGGAACUGUUCGAGGACGAAGCUCUCCUCCCACACAUCGGACCCCUCCGCUAUGAUAUUGGCUAUGCGCCUAGUCAAUGGGUGUCCGAGGAGAUGGUGCGACGUGCUCGUGACCGCGGUCUUCCGACUGUAAUCUAUCGACCGGGAUUUAUCAUUGGGGACACCCGUCACGGUGCCGGAAAUCCAAAUGACUUCGUGUCCCGCCUCUUCCUGGGAUCGAUCCGCCUAGGGGCAUUCCCUCAACUGCCCAACCAGCGCCUAGAAUACGUGACAGUGGACUAUGUCUGUGACAGCAUUCUGCGGAUCGCGACCGACAAGAAGAAUUUGGGCCGCUCGUACUGCAUCGUACCGCCUUCUCUGGAGGUCUCGGUGGACAUGGAGCAGAGUUACGAAAUCAUAGUCGAAGUAGGCUAUCCUCUUCGCUUACUGCCCUACUGGGACUGGAUUAGAGAGUUACAGGAGACAAAUGGCCAGGAUAAUCCGGCAAAGCCCCUUCUGCCAAUGCUCCAGGAGCCUGUCAUUGGUGGGCUGUCGCGGUUCCAGACGAGUCGGCAGGCUCCCCGGUAUGACUGCACCAAUACCAUGGCAGUCCUCAAGAAUGCCCCGGAAAUCCAUUAUACGCCCCUUAGCGCAGACCUACUAAGGAAGUUUCUGGACUUCUGGCGUCGGAAGGGCUUUUUUGUGACUGAUUAG